AUGGACGUCAAGUCCUACAGAGGAGCCCACUGUGCGUCAGACCACUUCCUCAUUGUGUGCAGGCUUAAACUCAUGUUCACGUACAUGCAUAAGAGCAAGGGGACACUAGAGCCUGCAUUGAAUGCUGAGAAACUACGAGAAAGUUCCAUUAAAGAACAAUAUGCUAUAGAAAUCAAAAACCGUAAUGAGGUCCUAGAGACCCUGGAAGCAAUAGAGAACGUGGAGGAAAAGUGGAAAGAAAUAAAGUCCAUGGUAUUAAGUGUAGCGGAGGAUAUAUUGGGAAGAAAGAAGAUGAUGAAGAAGAGAAAAUGGUUAAACGAGACAUGCCAGAAGGCUACAGAAAAGAGAGGGAAGGUGAGGAAGAAGUGGCUAGCUGACAGGGAGAAUCAGCAGAAAAGGGAACAUUUUAUCAACGUCAGAAGGGAGACAAAGCGAAUCCUAAGAGCAGAGAAGAGAAUAUAUCCAACCAGUUUGCUAGAACAAGUUGAGGCAGAGAGCCAAAUCAAGAAUGCAAGGCAAUUCUUCCAAUAA